AUGGAGGGCAUCUCUGAGAAACUUUUUCAGGAGCCCUUCCCUGCUCAACUCAAACGAGAGCGCUCUGGCUCCUACGCCACCGAGGGAGGCAGCCCGAUUUCACCGCAUCUGCAGCGACUUCGGCUUCGGCCAACGUCUUCUUCUAAAGUCAGUGCCGCUGCGGACGGCGACGGCGAAGAAGUUCAGCAUGGUCGGCAGCAUGCCGAGCCAGAACUCUUCGAGCUCACUCCCCUUGGUGGAUCUGCCAACACAAGCGUGUGUGCAACGCGCUUUGGUGUAGAAGGCCUUCGUAUUGGGCGCGACCCCGACUGUUGUGACCUGGUACUCCCCUUAAACGCAGUCUCGCGGCUUCAUUGUGUGCUCUCUGUCCUUGGCAAUGAUGUGUUCGUGCACGACAACAGCUUCAACGGCACUUUCAUCAAUGGCCGCCGAGUGGGGCGCGGACGAUGCUCGGUGUUGCAUCCACGAGACAAGCUUUCGUUCCUGAACCCCACGCUGGAGGAGGCAAGCCGCUGCGCGUUCGAGUUUGCGCCGCUAUCAGAGCUCUCCUCAUCAGGCUUUACAGCAGUGGAGGGGCUGCAGCGGUACGAACUGGGGCCAGUGCUGGGUCAGGGGAGCUCGGCGGCAGUGCGGCUUGGUAUAGACCGGGAGACGGGGGCACCAGUCGCUAUCAAGCUGAUCGAGCGUAAGCACUUCGGCUCUGAGGAGGCCGCGGCCUCACUCCACACGGAGAUUACAAUACUGCGCAGCAUGGAUCACCCCCAUGUUGUGCGGGUUGUUGAUGCGUUUGAGGGAGGUGGUUGUGUCGCCUUGGUCAUGGAGUACGUGCGCGGCGGCGACUUAUUUGACUACGUUGUCGGGCGCGGACGCAACCCCUUCACCGAGGCUGAGGCACGUCACCUCUUCGGGCAGCUACUCGAGGCCGUUUUGUACAUUCGAAGCCGCAGCAUAAUCCAUUGCGACCUCAAGCCGGAGAACGUGCUCGUAGAAGUCGUCAGGCGAGGAGCCGAGGAUGACGUUGUCACAAACUUCGCCUCGGCAUCGGCGACUGCAAGUGAUCUAGCGCCGUCGGUACUGCAGACCGAUGGCGAUGCUGCACUCUCCGUCGUAGACGAUCACCAGGCAGAGGCGAAGGCUCUUUCACCAUACGACGUGAGGCUCAAGCUGGCCGACUUUGGCAGUGCGAGGUACGAAGGCGGCGGCGCAGCGGGCGGAAAGCCAGAGACCACCAGCGCCGGCACGUUAGUCUACGCUGCACCAGAGCUGGCGCGCUCUCGUGUAGACGGGGCACCGUUGCAAGGGAUCACUGCGGCAGUGGAUGUGUGGUCUCUGGGUGUGCUGCUAUACAUUCUCUGCUCUGGCACGGUACCCAAGCACCCCCAGUGCGAGGCCGCCGUCUCUUUCAACCGGUCCAUGGCGCAUCUCUCGGCGCUUUGCAAGGAUCUCAUUGCGCGCAUGAUGACAACUGACGCAUCGCUGCGCCCUUCUCUCGCCGAGGUGUGCCAUCACCCUUGGCUCGACGGCGUCACGAUCGGCGGCGCACCGGACAGAAGCGCGCUAGACAACAAAGACCCCUUGUCGGCGACAGUGGCAUCUUCGCCGUGCUUUCCGCAGACUUCGAAACCAUUUUAG